ACCUCUCAGUGCCAGAUGUGUAAAAAUCCUACAUGUGGCAUCAAAAUCCACACCCCUUGUGUCGCCAGAUACUUCAAAGGAAGGACUGAUCCACGAUGCCCUGCCUGUGAGGACUUCUGGCCACAUGAGAUCCCAGAUGUGUAUAGACCUCCGUCCUCUCAGAGCAAGACUCAGUCAGCAGCCAAAGAGAACACGGCCCCCACCCCCACUCCUCGGUCUACAGCUCAGACCCGGAGGACCAGGAGGUCAUAACUUCACGGAUGCAUG